AUGUCUACGCAGUCCCUGAGUGCCUACCCGUUGGCCGAGAGGCGUAAUGAAACCCGCGUCAGGGCUGAUUUCCCCCAUGAUGCUUACAGCACAAUCGGCGCCUUCGAAGACAGAGUCGGUGACAUUGGCCGACAGCUCAGUGUCAUGCAGAAGCUUGUCAUCGAGACCUUGAGCGACCAAAAGAGACUAGAGAAGGAUAUCGUCUCAUCCAACGAAACAGAGAACAACACCAUCUUCCGAGACCACCUGACCGAGUCGCGCGCCGACAUUCGGAAUGUACUCAACCGUCACCAACAGGAGGUCGUGGAUCUCGCGAAGAAGCACCGAGCAGCGCAGGAGUCAGAGGCCGCGAAACUCCAGGACGCGUUGAGGCUGGCCCAGAACGCCAUCGAGACAAUCGUAGAGACUCAUGCGCAGGAGAAGAGAGAGCAGAGGGACGCCUAUAGAGAGAUGAUAGUCUCCAAGGAGACCCCAGACAAGACCAGCGCACUAGAGGAACUGUGCGAAAUGUUGAAGGCCAAGACGACAGCACUCGAGACGAUGGUAGAGAAGGAGGCCGAGAAUGCCCAGAAGAACAUCUACCAGUACCAAACGAAGGAGUCGGAGCUUUUGAAGAAAUUUGAGCAGGAGAUGGGGUCGAAGACGAUGGACUAUUUCAAGGAACUCCGGGACGCUCUGCACGACAACUUGACUGGAUGGGACUCCCACAUGCAGCAGAAAUCUUCUCUCAGCGAAGAACUCGACCGCGAACGCGAGAAGGUGCAGAAGGCGCAUACGAAGAAUCUGGGGCUCUCAGAGACUCAUGGCGGAAAAAUGCAAGCAUUCGCGACCAAGGUGGCUGACGAACACAAAAGGGAGAUCGAAGAGUACAAGGAGAAGAACAAUAAACUCCAGGAAGAGAUAGACGACAUGGCAAAGAAGCAUCGGGAGAAGCUGGACAUCCGUGACACUGAACACCGGAAGAAGCUGGUCAAGCGUGAGACUGAACACCAGGGCAAACUCGAGUAA